CUCUCAUGAUAGAAGGCAGCCCCCCUUCAUCUUUUCCCCCUCCCCCUAUCUGUUCCCCCCUGUAUCCUGAGGACCCCAUCCCCUCUUUUGGCCUCUGGGGUAUUCAUUCUCUAGCAGAGGGAAGAAAAGCACAUCAUAAACAGGCAAACCCCAGGUUGUGCAUGUGCAAAGCAGGAGAAGCAGCUGCUAUAGGCAACAUGAAUGGGGUCUGGGGUGACCUGCCCCGUUAGGUUCAGGGGUAGCAUUGCAUGCUCUGAGAUCCAAACAGAGCAGCCCCCUUGAUCUCCCAUUUCCCUGAUAAAUUAUUGAUCAGGGUGGCUUUUCUUUUCCUUUUCCAAGAUUCCCUAUUUAAGAAAAUCCCCCGGGGCGCUAAGAGUCUGCAAACUGGGACACCCUCUUUCGCUGCUUCUGAACUGAAGCAACCUUGGACUUCCUGUGUCGCCUCCCCACUCCGUAUCUGGAUCUUCCCCUUGUCUCCUUUGGUGUCCUGGAAAAAUUGAGAUCAGGCUGGCAGGGCUGAGGUUCAAAGCGUGAUGCUGCCAGCGAGACGUUUCGAGACUGAGUAGUCUGUCCGAUUUGAAAACUGUCCAACAGCUCACAAACAAAAGGGGGUGCAGGCUGAGUUGGGGUGGCCUGGUUGGGUCUUGCAGAGAUUGCUAUCACACGUCCAGUCUUCUGUAAUGAUGGUCCGGAAAGACGGCGGACAAUCGCAGGCUAUACUACAUAGAAAGGUGUUGCAAAUGCCGAGCCCCUCGCCCUGCCAGCCGCUGGAUGCGAAGUGCCUGGCCAACGAAUGAAUAAGAAGCUGACCAGGAGGAGGGACUCUUGACCAACUGCUAAGAUGGGCAUGAGGAUCAAGCUACACAGCACCGAUCACCCCAACAACCUGCUGAAGGAACUCAACAAGUGCAGGCUGUCGGAAACCAUGUGCGACGUCACCAUUGUGGUGGGGAGCCGCUCCUUUGCCGCACACAAAGCGGUGCUGGCCUGUGCGGCCGGCUACUUCCAGAACCUCUUCCUGAACACGGGGCUGGACGCUGCCAGGACCUACGUGGUGGACUUCAUCACGCCGGCCAACUUUGAGAAGAUCCUGAGCUUCGUCUACACCUCUGAGCUCUUCACGGACCUUAUCAACGUGGGCGUCAUAUACGAGGUGGCGGAGAGGCUGGGCAUGGACGAUCUGCUCAAGGCCUGUCAUUCCACCUUCCCCGACUUGGAGAGCUCGGCUGUUACCAAGCAGCCCUCUGGGUCGGGAGAAGGUCGUUCAGGCCCUUUGGGCGGCACGGCGACAGAACCAAACCAUUCCCUGGGUGAACUCCGGAGCAGUGGGGAGCACUUUGGCUCUGAGCGGAAUUGCAUCUUGCACGGGGAAGUGGCAGGUGGUUACAAAGAGGAUGACAGGAAUCCCAUGAGUGAAGCCGGCCAUAACCUGCCUUUGAUGCAUCAACCACCUCCAAAGACAGAAGAGCAGGAACUGACGGGGCAGUUUGCUUCUGCCACCAACGUGGUGUCUCAACCCAGCCUGGGCAACGUCAACAUGGCCGUUCAAACCACUGCAAGUACCUGCCAGCCCUAUAAGAUCCAGAACAACGGGGACUUCAGCAAGACCAGCUUUUUCGCAGCUGACACCUCGCUGGACAUCUCCACCGGGAGCAACUCCUGCCCCAGCAACAGUGACCAUUCCAAAGACCAGGGCUUCGGGCAGAUGGAUGAGCUGCAGCUGGAGGACCUAGGGGCGGACGAGCUGCACUUCGAAGACGCCAGCGAAGAGCUGGGCCCGGUGGAGGAGGUCAUCGAGCUGAGCGACGACAGUGAGGAGGAGCUGGCCUUUGAGAACGACAGCCGGGAGAGCAAGGCCAUGCCCUGCCAGGUGUGCAAGAAGGUCCUGGAACCCAACAUCCAGCUGAUCCGCCAGCAUGCGAGGGACCACGUGGACCUGCUCACCGGCAACUGCAAGGUCUGCGAGACCCACUUCCAGGACCGGAAUUCCCGGGUCACCCACGUCCUGUCCCACAUUGGGAUCUUCCUCUUCUCCUGCGACAUGUGUGAGACCAAGUUCUUCACCCAAUGGCAGCUCACCCUCCACCGGAGAGAGGGCGUGUUCGACAACAACGUCAUCGUCCACCCCAGCGACCCACUGCCCAGCAAGAUCAACCUGUUUGGUGGAGGGCCCGGCUCGGAGCUGGUAUGCACCGCCUGCGGGAAGCCACUGGCCAAAGAUUUCCACACCGUCCGCGGCCACAUCCUGGACCACAUGAACUUGAAAGGCCAAACAUGUGGCGUGUGCGACCAGCGGCAGCUCAACCUCUGCAGCCUGAUGUGGCACACGCUGUCCCACCUGGGCAUCUCGGUCUUCUCCUGCUCCAUCUGCGCUAACAGCUUCGUGGACCGGCAUCUGCUGGAGAAGCACAUGGCCGUCCACCAGAGCAUGGAAGAGGCUCUCUUCCGGUGCCAUUUCUGCGGCCAGAGCUUCAAACUGGAAGCGGCUUACCGCUACCACGUCAGCCAGCACAAGUGCGGCGGCAGCCUGGAUGUCGUCCGGCCCAGCUUCGGAGACCGGCUCCAGCAGCAAGCCCUCCAGAAGAGGAAGCUGCCGGAGGAAUUCCUGAGCGAGGACCUGGCCCUGCAGAACCAGCCAGGAAACAGUAAGUACAGCUGCAAGGUCUGCGGGAAGAGGUUUGCCCACACGAGCGAGUUCAACUACCACCGGAGGAUCCACACGGGAGAAAAGCCUUACCAGUGCAAAGUGUGUCACAAAUUCUUCCGCGGCCGCUCCACCAUCAAGUGCCACCUGAAGACGCACUCGGGGGCCCUCAUGUACCGAUGCACUGUGUGUGGACACUACAGCUCCACCUUAAACCUCAUGAGCAAGCACGUCGGUGUCCACAAAGGCAGCCUGCCGCCCGAUUUCACCAUCGAACAGACGUUCAUGUACAUAAUCCAUUCCAAAGACGCGGAGAAAAACACAGACAGCUGAUUGGGCGGCGCUGGUGGGGUGGGGGAGCAAACACUAAUUACAAAGCGGUGACUUUUCCCCCCCCCCAGUUUUAACGGUCGGACGUCGUGGAUGGAAUUCUCCUUUUUUUUUUUUUGGCCUUGCCUGGGGAUUUUUCUGUCGGCGUCCUUCAAGUUAACAGCGCGUGAGGUAAACCAAGACGCCCGUUCUCUUUACUUACCUCCAGUCCCCUUAGAGGCCGCUGAGUUCCGUGGGUUGGCAUUUCUUCCCGGGUUUUGGAGCUGAUAAAUGUCGAGCCGGUUAACCCUAGCCUGGCCUCCCGCGGUUUGAGAUCACAUCUAGCUUUAUGCUGCUAUUACCCUGACAGCCGGCCUCAGUGGAGCCGGGACGGGAAGGUGGUGGACACAAAAACACUAAUUGGUUUUCUUCUAGGCUUUGCUGCUACUGGCCUUGGGGCUGGGGGGACUGGCAGGCAACGGGGGGCGCGCCAGGAGUUCGACUCGGUGCUUGAAAGGGGGAUUAGUGCAACUUCUAGCCGCCCGUCUGAGCCAGGGCCACAGUUGCCGAUUGUUCCCUCCUCCACCCCCACCCCCUCGUACCACUUCUGAAGUUGAAAAGUCACAUUUGAGAGCCAGGGAAAUGAAGGAAUCCCAGAGCAGCCCAAGCUCAGGGGCAGAGCUGCUUUGGAGAAAAGAGGAGGUCUCUCUCCAUAAACUAGGCUAGCUUGUCAGGAGGGAACAAUUUACCCUCUCUGCAGAGUCACUGAGCCGGGGGAAGCACGUAGCAAACGCGGGCAGAAGGGCUGGUUUCGCCCUUGUUCUCCCCCCUGCCCUCCCACCCAGACCGAAGAGAAAUGUUUUUAGCGGAGAUCAUCCCCGCCAAGUCCUGGGAUUCUGCGGCCUGCAGUAGCACGUUAACGAUGCCGCGGCACAGAUCUGUAGCUCACCCCGCCCUCCCGAAGUCAGUAGCGCAGCAGUCUGGGGGUUGGGGUGUGGAGAGCAUCGGACAUCCCUGUGCGAAUGGUGCUAGGGCCCGUGCAAAGCCCUCUAGGAUGAGGGUGAAAAGAAACCGUUGCCUUAACUCCUGGGAAGGUGUCUUUGCAGGAGGAGCGUUCUCCCCGCUACAGGGUUAGCCCCCCUACCCCGCAGUAACGGAACGGCCACCGCGUCUGUGACGUGGUUUCUAUCGAAGGACGUAGUCGGUGCCGACGUAAGUUUGCCCCUUCUGCUUUCACCGGGUAACGCUGUUGCUUUUCACACAUGCCCGCUGGUGGGGUUCGGGGUGGCUUUUCCAGCGUCACUGCCCUGGGGCGUGGAGUGGAAAGGCAUGAAUAUGACAUGUAGCAGCCUAGGUGACUCGUACUACCUCAUAACCUGGAAGCGCUCGGGGCUUGAAGCCACGGGAGCCUGUGGACAGGCUCCGGCACUUCCAUACACUCUGAACGCUCUGCCAGCCUCUCCCCACCCAGGGAGCUGCUCUCUGCCACGUUGCAGCUGGAAUGGGCUGACUUGCCCUAGCUUUGCUCGAGGUAGCAGGCCAAAAAUACAUUGCGGCACUGGCCGCGGCUCAGGCGGGCCCCGGGUCUGAGCUGGGUGACUAGUUGGAACCGCCGCCGGUGCCGCAACAUCCACGCUGCUAUUUUUAGUGCACCUGCUCGAGCAAAACCAUCGGGAGUCUGUCCCCCCGGGCUGGGAGGCUCGGUGCCGCUGCAGUGUGGACACCCGCAGAGAAGCGGCGUUGGUCUGGCCUGGGGGCUAGGCGUUCCUCGGUUCGAACCCCACUGCUAACACUAACUUCAUUGUGGCCUUGGGCAAGUCGCUUCACCUCAGUUUCCCCCUCUGUAAAAUGGGGGCGGUAAUACUUGUGGUACCUACCUACCUCCCUGGAGCCUGGUGACGAUUAACCAGUUAAUGUCUGUAAAGCGUGUUGAAGAUGAAGAGCACUUAUGAGUAUUAUGUAGCAUCCUAGGGAAAUGACCCCUCACGUUCCUUUUCGAAACCCCCCCACCCCCGGGUGCAAUAACAGCCCUACAGUGUCGUCCUUCUCCGUACUCUGCUCUCUGUUUCUGGGCCCUGGGAAACGAACACUAGUGCUAAAGGGUGGGAUGCGGAGUGAGCAAUAGGCAGAGGCUCCUCGCUUAGCCUAGCGCGCCAGGAGUCGGUUUGCGGGGGGGCCGUGAUGACUGAGGGUGCCCAAGGAAGGCAGGAGCGUGCGGUCUGAGGGGGCGAGGGCGUUGUGCCGGGAGCCCUGGGGAAUGAAGCAAGUUUCUUGCUCAUCCGUUGAUUAGAGUCAGGCGCGGUCCCGAUUCCGCCCGUCGGACUUUGUGCUCUAGGGCUGGGGUGGGAUUUCCAGGAGGGCAGCAGCCCUGGCCGCAUUUGGAAGUUCUUGCGUUUUAGCACGGUCGUCAGAAUCCCUUCCCGUCUGCAGCUAAUGGUGGUUGUUUCAGUGUCGAGGUUUAACGCCCCCAUCGGCACGUCCUCAGGGCAUGUGAGUGCAGGGGAUGGAGACAGAGCCCUGAAGGCAUCUGGCUGCGUUCCUCCAGGCAGUGCCAGAGCUCGCCCGGGGAACCAACCAUAUCUCCUGAGCAGAAGGAACCCUGCUGACCUCUGCCCUGACGUGCGCUUUCAAAUACUGCUGCCCCAGUCAAACCGCGUGGCACUGAAAAAAGCCAGUGGUGGCGAGACCGUCGUCUGAGAGCUGCCCUCCGCGGUCUGUGUCAUGCUAACCAGUUUAAGGGGUGCUGUAUGCAGACAUCCCUGGGAGGCCCCAAGCUUGACCCAGCCCCUGGAUAUGGCCCUCUAGGGAAGGUGUUUGAAAGAGGAAGCGGAUGUUGAAAUGACAGAAUUCUAGUUCUUGGUUAAAUCUGCCCCGAACUUUGUUAGCACUGGUUGACUUCUGACUUCAUGUCGAACUGAACAGGUUAACCCCUGGUUGUCGGAGAGGGGGUGUCGGACGCCUUUCCCUGCACCACCUGGUGCUGGCUAAACGGACUGCAGGUCUGAACCUGUCUGGGGGUUGCUACGAAGGCUUUUCAAAGAGGCAAGCAGGCUUGGGUGCAGGCAGCUAUCCGGGCAUCAUUCUGACAUGUCCCAGAAGCUGUGUGGAACGCUGCGGGGCCCUGCCCCACGGUUACAGGCCUGCAGACCCGAAUUGAAGCAGUGAAGCAAAAGCCUUUGUGGCAAAAAAAACAAAAAAGAGAGAGACGCUUGGACACUGAAACACUAACGGGCAAGCAACACCCUGCCCCAGGUCAGGGGAAGGGAAGGCUGGUGCCUGCCCCUUUGUCAUUACUCCGGUCUGUGGCUACGUCUACAGUACGAGCUAGGGGUGUGAGUCCCCCUUUGUGGACACAAACUCAUUGAGGGAGCCGUGGAGCCAUCUGAAACUGAUGGGUAUUUCCUUGGCACGGCUAAGGCAGGCCCCCGGGCUUCGACGGCUCCGCAGCUCAUAGUGUAGAUGUAGCCAGCGUGUUGAGGAAGGGGGAGCAGCCCGAGCUCAGAUCCCUGCCCACCUCUGUCUUUGGCUCUUCCCUGGGUUAUGACCCGUUCACGUUCUCCCUCAAAACACUCCGAGAGCGGCAGCCAUUUGACGUGUGUGGUUGUGGAAGUGAAAAAAAUUCCAAUUUGCAAAACGCUAUCACGAGUUCAGUCCCUUAGUUUCUCCUCCUUGAAUUCUCCGAAUUGGGCUGAGGCCAAAACCUGGGCUCUCCCUCCCGGCCUGGGGAUCCAAUGGCAGGAUCCAGCCCUCGUCCCCCGGAGCGCCCUCCCUCAAUAUGUCAGCCCUAAACUCCAUGGGAGUCAAGUGGAACCUUUCUGCUGGCUUUGGUGGGUUUUAGAGCGAGGCCCUAACCCCAGACACGAUGACCAAUCUGCAACGGGUCCUGGUGUCUUCCCUUGCUUGGUGCCACCAUCUUUACCAUUCCGUUUUCUGCCUCCCCUUUGUCAUGGGGCUACCAUUGGGUCUUGCCAGCCAGGCUAGGAGAUCAAGCAGUCUUCACGAGCAAUGUCCAUGCCGCUUUGCGUAUCAGGAGGGCAGGAUUAGGUGGAGUCCAGAGACAGAAGGAGUUUCUCUCAUGCUUUCACUCUGAAACCAGAGCAGGCUGCUCUGAUCCCUGGGGCUAGAGUCCAAAAUCCGUGUCUCCCACGCCAGACAUGUCCUGCUGAUGCCCCCAGCUCGCAGAGCUGGCUCCAGUACUGUUUUUUUGGUUUACUGCCUAACAAUUAUUCAUUCCCUGGCCUCACUUCAGAAGCAAAACGCUACUUAUCAUGGGAAAAGGUAACAGUAUUGUCUGGUAGACCAUACAGGGGGCUGGGAGAGAGACCCCCUGGGCUCUGUUCCCAGCUUUUCCACUGGCUCAGUGUGUGUUCUUGCUUCAGUUACCCCCCCCCAGUCUGUAAACAUGGGGGACACUAAGAAAUACCUACCUCACAUGGGGGAGGGUGUGAGGUUUCAUUCUUGUUCGUAAAGUGCUUUGGGAUCCUUGGGGAUGAAACGGGGGCUUGUAACAGGACAACAUGUUGUCAACGAUCCAAGCUGCACUGUAGGGUUCUGUUUAAUCCCAGGGGCCUGCCACGCUAAUGGAGCUUGAAGCAAGCUGCCCAUCUCUAACCAAAAAGGCAGCGGUGUCCCAAUGGAGAACGUAACCUUCUGAGACUGAUAUCUGUAUUUCUGAAACACAAACGGGGUUUGCUUUCAUUCCUCCCCUCUCUCGAAGGAUCCAGAUCUCUUUUAAAAAAAAAAUGAAGCAGAAAAACGAGUUGUAAUUACUGUCUAACCUUUUCAUUAAGUUAAUAGUAGGUACUGACCUGAUAUUUAAGUGGUUACUAUCUAUUUGCUGUAAAGUUUUGUAUAUUUUGUAAACUUUUCCCGCCACCCAAAAUAGUAGAUGUCUAAAAUCGUUGUACAUCGGAUUCUUUUAUACUUCAUCAUCCAGCACAAAGUGUGGUUUUUAUUUAGAAUAAUAAAAUGGAAAACAGCCA